AUUGUUUUCCAGUCCAACAUAAUACUUAUCUUUCCUUCUUUUGUUCGAAAACGAGAGAACUUCUCGUAGUUUUGCCUCUCAACAAACCAAAAAAAUAAAAUUUACACAUAUAUACAACAAAAAUACCAAUACCAUACUGAAUUUAUUAGAAUUUGAGGAAGAAGAAGACUCAAAUGACGAUCUGUAUGUUGUGUAAGCCUGUGGCGGUGGUGAUAGCCAAACCGAUUCGCACCAAUGGUUUCAAAUCAUCUACGAGGGCGCUUAAUGGCGGUGCUGGGUGUUUUUUCUUAACUCGUGGCAUUUCAAAUACCAGGCCCUUCAGCUCUAGGGUUUGUGGUGUGCGUGCCUCAAUGGUGGACUCGUUUGAAAGUUCCUCCGGUUUCAUCAAGCGCAUGGAACAAUCCUGGCUAAUUUCUCAGCAACCAACGCCAGUUGCUUGUUCUUCUUGUGACUCAAGAGGGCAUAAUGAAUGCAAAUGGUGUGCCGGUACGGGCUUCUUUAUUCUCGGUGAUAACAUGCUCUGCCAAGUUCCUUCAAGAAAUACCACUUGUGUAAUAUGUGCCGGAAAGGGAUCAAUGUGCUGCUCUGAUUGCAAGGGAACAGGUUUUCGUGCCAAGUGGUUAGGAGAACCUCCUAUUCACAAGUAAACACCAAGCUUGGAGUUGGAUCAUAGCUGCAAAAACAUCAUAGUGACCUGGUUCUAUAUCUGAUAUCUUAAGUCUUGUGUUAGAUUUUUCCGAUCAAAGUUUGAUCGUUACAGUUACUUACUUGAAGAUAAAACAUUCAAUUGUUUAACUUUGUAAUUAAGAAUCACUUCACAACGUAUAGGCUAUUCAUUUAAAUUCUUGAAUUGGAGUACAGUUGCCUUCUCUUGUCUGAACUCUUCAUGCCGAAUUUUGCUUUCGUACGGUAUGUAACUAUGCAACUGUAAUGAAUUGCGCCAACUUUGACAAUGAAAAUCAGGGGUACAAUACCAUGGACACAAUCAAUAGGGACAGACUUAUAAUUUUCUACUCAAUGAUAAGAGAGUUUUAUUUUGCCUUC